UCUCUCUCUCUCUCUCUCGCUCGCAGAGCUCCAAUGAAGCUGAGGACUGUUCUCCAAUGGCGUUCCCACUCACUUCCAAGCCUUCGCCAUCUCCUCCUUCUCCUCUGGCCAUCCUCAAAGACCAGAAAACCUUCCCUCUCCACCAGCUCAAGCAAAUCCAUGCCCAUCUCUUCCGCCGAGGCCUACACCACGACACCAUCCUCAUCACCAAGCUCAUCUCCUCCGCCCCCUCCUCUCCCUCCGCCGCAACCUACGCCGCUCGUAUCUUCGACUCCAUCCCCGACCCUGACAUCGUCCUCUGCAACGCCAUCCUCAGGCUUUACGUCCAAUCCUCCAUCCAUGAACUCGCGAUCUCGUUUUAUGCCAGCAAAGUGCUCGCUCGAAGGUUUUCUCCCAAUGCGCGCACUUUUCCUUAUGUUUCCAAAGCUUGUGUUGGGAUUUCCAAUGUGGAGCUCGCGAGGCAAGUGCACGCGAGCGUGGCAAAGAGCGCCGAGGUCUGCAGCGACGUCUUCGUGUUAAACUCUCUCAUGGAUAUGUACUUCAAAUGCGGGAAGAGUGAGGAUGGCAUCAGUGUUUUUGGAGCAAUGGAGAAGAAGGAUUCGAUCUCUUGGAAUAUAAUGAUGUCAGGGUUGGUGAAUGCCGGGGAGUUGCGGAUGGCGAGGAAGGUGUUCGAUGAAAUGCCGCAACGAGAUGUUGUUUCUUGGAAUACGUUGGUGAGCGCACACGCGAAGGCUGGAGAAAUGGAGAUUGCGCGAGAGCUGUUCGAUCAAAUGCCUGAGAGGAGUUUGGUGUCAUGGAACGUGUUGAUUUCUGGGUAUUCACAGAAUGGUAAGCAUGAUGAGGCGUUGCUGGUGUUCUCUCGGAUGCUUGAGGCCGGGAUGAAACCAGACUGCACUACAAUUUUGUCGGUCUUGUCGGCAUGUGCCAGUGUUCAAUCACCGGACGUUGUUCUAGUCGAGAAUAUCAUAUGUUUGGCAAAAUCAAUGACUUCAACUCAAAGUUUCAACUGCUUUACUGAGUUUGUAUGCAAGAUUGGCAGGAUUGAUGAUGCGCGGAGAGUGUUUGAUGGAAUUCAUGACAAGGAUUUGAUUGCAUGGAAUGCUAUGAUUGCUGGGUAUUCUCAGAAUCAGAGACCAGCCCAAGCGAUUGAAUUGUUUCGGUCGAUGCAAGGUGUGAGGCCCGAUGGCAUGACAAUGGUGAGUUUGAUUGACGCCUGCUCCCAAACAGGUGUUCUUUCUCAAGGAGAGCAAAUCCACACUUUCAUUCAGGAGAACAAAAUACAGUCUGACAUCUUCUUAACAACAGCCCUCAUUGACAUGUAUGCGAAAUGCGGUGACUUGAACUGUUCCCGCCGCUUGUUCUUAGAAAUGGAAGAGAAGCAUUUGACAUCAUGGAAUGCAAUGAUCAAUGCAUUGGCAAUUCAUGGAAAAGGAAAUGAGGCACUAAAUCUCUUCUCUUCAAUGGAAAAGAAUGGCAUUAUGCCCAAUGACAUUACAUACAUUGGCUUGCUGAAUGCAUGCAGUCAUGCUGGACUGGUUGAUGAGGGAUUAAAGCUAUUCAAAUCAAUGCAAAGGCAGUAUAACAUUGUACCGCGACUAGAACAUUAUGGAUGUGUCAUUGAUCUUCUCGGUCGUGCAGGGCGAUUGAAGGAAGCUUACAAGUUCAUUAAGAUAAUGCCGAUAAAACCAGACUCUGUAGUCUGGGCAGCAUUGCUGGCUGCAUGCAGGAACCAGCACGAUGUCGAGCUUGCUGAAGAGGCAGCAGGACAACUUCUACAAUUAGACUCAAGACAUGAUGGUAACUAUGUAUUACUCUCUAAUGUAUAUGCAUCACAAGGAAAAUGGGAGGAUGUUGAGAAGGUGAGAGCUCAAAUGAGAGAACACAAUGUGAAAAAAGUGCCAGGUUGUAGCACUGUAGAGAUAGAUGGAGUGCUCCAUGAGUUCACUGCUGGAGAUAAGCUACAUCCAAGGUCUGAUGAGAUAUAUGCAGCCAUUGAUGCGCUGAUGGAGAAGCUCAAGCUAAAGGGAUACAAGCCAGACACUGGCGCAUUGCUGAGGAACUUGGAUGAAGAGGAAAAGGAAGAGGCUUUGUAUGGGCCAUAGUGAGAAGCUUGCAAUGUGUUUUGCUCUUAUAAGUUCUAAGAAGGGGAAGUUGUUUCCUAUUAGAAUUGUGAAGAACUUGAGAAUUUGCAGUGAUUGUCAUAGAGUGAUGGAGUUGGUGUCUGAAUUGGAGGACAGGGAGAUCAUUGUUAGAGAUAGGAACAGGUUUCACCAUUUUCUUGGUGGAUCUUGUUCUUGUAUGGGGUAUUGGUGAAUUGAAUUUAUUAGAUAUAUUAAUUUACACUAGUGUAAAUUUGUGUGUAUUUUAUUACUACAUAAUAAUGCAAUUUACCAACGACCUUUGGGAUCAAUUGGUAUCAAGGUCCCUUACAUAGGACGUUCGUUUCAGGAGAAUCUCGGGAUUGAACCUCAUGCCUU